AUGUUCCGCCAGCGACGGCUACACCCAAGACGAGAAUCGCAAGACGGCUGGAGCGUGGUCGUGUAAGUGUAGGAGUCGUCAAGAUUAGUCUGAGAGCCUAGAAGGCUGACGACAAGGUUCUCCUCAGCCGUGUCUCGGUGGCCUACCUCGAUAUCUGCGCUCUCACGGCCGUCUUCCAGAUCGUGGAGACGGUUCCAUAUGCGCGCAAGAGGCUGGGCCCGGUCCUCAUGGUCGUCCUCAACACCAUCACCACGGUAGUCUGGAUCGUGCUCUUCAGUCUCAGUAUCGUCGGUGCUGCCAAGACAAACUCGGCCUUGGGCUUCAUCUGGACCAUUAUGUGAGUCGAAUCGAAACGAGCCCCGUGGAGCGGGAGGUACGGCCAGAUGCAGCAUCGGGGAAUAUUGGAAGGUCAUCCAGAAUCUGUGCUACCGCUGGAUUCAUGUUGUCCGACUGCGACCCCAGCUGUGGCUGGGACGCGCGGGAAGGCCAUCGUGGUUUCCGACGUGCGAAGAAUCCGAAGAUGCUGUAGGCCUGUUCAGAUCCGGACAUGUCGCAGACACCUGAUAGGCUUGUGGCAGCCUGUCUUGCCAAGCUGAUAUAUAGCUCCGUGAUGAGAUGCACCGCUUUCGCAAAGAACCGUAGCAGCUCCAGGGGCGCGUAUACACCGGCAGAUCCAGAGGCAGGGGUCAAUCCGACCGUCUAUACCGCAUACAACCCAUCUGCAUACCAGAACCCAGCAGGACCUCCGUCCAAUCCGUUCCGGUGCGUAUCCGGGGCGUAAGAACCAAUGUGCAUGUCCCGUUACUGACCGAGGGCAGAGACAGCAGAGAUCCGUCCCCGACGAUGCGUCCUGCAGGCGACGCAGCGCAUUGA